ACAUUUCCGGGUUGGCGGGCCAUUUCGAGUGACACGAACCCGAUCGAAAAUCAGUUUCACGCCUAUACAAGUGUAAAUGCUAUAUUGUAAAUUCAGUGAUUACAUCACAAAUGCAUCUAGUCGUUUAAAGGCACGAUGAAGGGCGUCACUUCGAACCAACUCUCGUUCUGUGGUAAGAUCAUCACAUUUGAUCACGCCUUAAGUGACAACCGAGUGACAAGCGAGUUGACAUUCCGUAGCUUUUCGUUCCAACCGGAUCAAGAAGCGUUCCUGCAGACAUCGCAAGGAGCGGCUGUCAUUAGCCACAAAAGCGCAGCACGCGUGGACGACGUCAUAAGAUCUAAAAGCGUCCAGUGUUUUCAGAGGAGGACCACCGCGCCGUGCGUCCUUGUGGCAAAAAAGAAUAAAAAGGCGGACUUUUUUCUUUAUAAACUUUUCACUGUGAGUGGCACAAACCAACUGGAGCCCUGCGUUGAGUUCUCACUCCCUUAUAAGCCGAAUGGGGACGUUUCCAUCCUCCAGGGGCCCACUGUGCUGUGGAUGCAUGCUGAUGCUGUGUUUCAUGCACCAAGUGAUUCAGGAGGGGUCAUACGGGUGCCCCUCCAACUGUCCCACUGUCUUAUCGGUGAGCUCCCCCUGCAUAAGAAACAAGUGUUCAUACUGGGACAACAACAGUGCUCCUCUCAGCAGACUGUGGCCUAUUUUCUUGGGAGCGGUCGCACCUUGGACGGCGCUGUGAUUUUACCUCCCCCUUAUAUCAGCAUCACUACGUGCAUCUCUGUGCUGUCAGCCCAGCAAACAGACGACGUGCUGCGGUGCACUGUGGUUGCAGCCACUGCCAAUCAGCAACUGGUUUAUUUGGAGAACGGCGUGGUGGAAGACACUUGCGCACUCCCGUUUCAAAGACCUGAAGAUAUACAAGUGGUCGACACUGGAAGAAAUGGAGUCAUCUUUGUUGUAUCUUUCGACCAGGGCCACGUGUGUGCAGUGUGGAAGGAUACAUUUGAAGUAACCGCCCAGUGGUCAGAUGUUAUCUCUGUGCACGUGGAUGACUAUCUUGGAUGCGGUACCGAGCAAAUAUUGUUAAUUUUUAAGGAUGACUGUGUAUCGGGGCAGCCGCUAGAACGUUUCAUCAUUACCGACCUCUGCGGGAUCUCCUUUUCUAGAGGCGAGCACAGUGGGCAAAGAGCAAACACCUCCCCUCUCCCGGAGAACCAAAUCCUCACAAUUCAAGCUUUGGAGUCCAGACUGCAGAGUGGACUGAGCGAGCUGCAAGAGCUUCAAGGAGAAGUGAGAGUAAAGGAGAGAGUUGUGCAGCAGUCGGUGCGCGCGCUCACUGAUGCAGUCCACAAUCGAGAGCCAAAUCUCACUCGGCCCGAGCAGGAAGGCCUUGUCGGUCUUUUGGAAAGUGAUGACGAGUCAAAGGAAGAGGCCGCCGAUGACAAGACCCAAGUCAUGCCGGCGGUGCCCCGCAGACCUCAAGUUGACAGGCUGUGGCAUCGCGUCGUGGACGGACGAAUAGUCGUGGGAGUGAUACUUGCCGCCGACAGCUUAGUCUCAGCGGUCGGUGCGAGCUUAUCCAUCUUGACAGAGGCAGGCCACGGCUCCACGCCCGCAGCCAUCCAAACCCAAAGUCGAGCGUUGUGGCUCCCUGCGCUCGGCCCUUCACCCUCCGCCGCCGCCUCCUCCUCCUCCGCCUCGGCCGCCACCUUCCCAGAGCCAGCAGCCAAAAGAAGCAAGCUGCACGACGCGGUCGGCCCGAAUGAUCUCAACACGGCCAGACUCGCCGUGACUGCCGUGACCAGGCUGGCGCCUCUGCUGAACUCUGCCUGUGUCAAGUGCAAUGUCAUGCUCCAUUACGCUCCGAGACAAGAAGCUUCAGUCCUCGCCGGCGUACCGGCACUGACUGUCCUGCAUUGUGGUCAAGUCACUCUAGACAUCCACGCAGACUUCAAAUUACAGCUGUUGAGCAACCCUGAGCUUAAAACAGACGAGGCUCAGGAGGACUUGUUGUGUCUGUUGGCAGUGCUCGAUCACCGCGUCUUCCGCAUAGACUCUCCCGAUCAUAGCUUGGGCGAUGUUGACGGCUGGCUGCAGCGGAGAGUGGGCUGUAAGAGGGUAGAAGUGAGCCCUCAGCAUCGACUGUUCGCUUCUCAAGGACUCUCUUCUGUUUCGCUGCUGUGCUGGCGUCGCAUCAGUCCUUUCCAGGGGGAACUGGCAGUCCACUCGAGUCACUUGCAGAUGCUCCAGCAUCUGGACGUCCUGCUAGGUUAUCUCCCGGCAUCCUCCUCCAUCCAGCCCAUCUGUGGCUCAAGAAGAGAGGGGUCAUCUGAGAUGCUGGCUUUGGCUUUGGAGAAGGAAGUGGCGUCACUACGGGAGUUUGUGUCACCGUUGCUGUGUGGGGAGCAAGAAGAUGAGGAGAGUAUGUCGGAGUCCGUAGAGACCCUCGAGCCAGGCACGCCGGAAGGCCUCCAGAAGUGUCGACUCGCCUGGCAACAGGACGUGGAGAGGGGUAUGCAGAAUUUAAACAGACGAUUGGAUGUAAGUAGGUAUCGCAAGUUUAUUCAAGAGUUGACUAUUGCCCAGCUUGAUGGGGAUUUAGCAGCCCUCAUGGAGACUCAGAUGAAAUAAUGUGAUUACUCCUGGAAAAAAAAAUCUAAUUUGGCCUCCAAGAGCAAAGUGAUGCUGACUUGCUUGCAUUCUUUUGUCGCACUUGAGCAUAUUUCCACUUGAUCACCUCCGAGGUGGCAUCGCUUCACUCUGCUGCGCUGUGCUCGUCUUAAUCCUCCAGACUUUGUGUCCUCACACUAUUUGUUGAUGCUCUCAAGUUUCACCCCAAAGUGAGAAAUGUCGAGGGAGAGAGGUGGGAUCGCACAAAAGAAAGCUUUUACUGGUUCUUCCACCUCACGGUUCACUUGUUUCCUUCCCGGGACAUGAUGCAAUUUCUCAUAUGAUGCUUCUGUGAAAAUGUCACAAUUGCACAACAUGUCUGACAGAUCGACCUGACCAGAAGUCAUAAACUGACCAGAGGGGACUCAUACUGUAUAUGUCUGUAUUUUCUCCACCCAAGCCUCGUGACACUAUUUUUUUUUCCCCCUCGGAUGAAGUGCUCUGCAUGGCUGCAGUCAGUACAGAUGCGACUUCAUUUUCAACUAGUUGGUGACUUGAAGAAGUAGAACAAGAAAUGACUGAGAGGUUGUAUUUGCAUUUUGCCCUGAUAGGCAGGCUUCAGCUCUCUGCAACCCUGAACAAAACUUGCACAGUGAUAAAUGAAUUCCCAUCCUAAGAAUGAAUAAUUUGCCCGUUGUUAAAUGAAUUAAGCAAAACAUUAGAAACGGCUUUUUUUAUAUGAUUCAGUGGAACGCAAACCACUCCUACGCAUAAAAAGAGUAAGAAGUCAAGAAAAAUGACCCAACCAAUAUAUGCAUCAGCACGUUUAAAAUUUAUAAUGGGUCAAUGCUUGGGCUUCAGUACCCAGACUGAUGUGCUAAUAAUAGCAGCAUAUUAUCCCUACUGUGCAGACCUAAACAGUGUCACAUUUCAAAAUUAUUGUGUCCCAUUGUAAGUCUCAACAUUUCAAUAUCUUUACUACUUCAUACCUCAUAGAAAAAAAACCUCCAUACUCAACUCGGUAUAAUAAUUCUCCUAUGGUUUUCUUUAUUUCACGUCGACCCAUUAUACCGUUCAGCCUAAAUAACGACCAUAAACAAUUUGCUCUCACUCACUCCUUGGCCUUCCUGAUUGGGUGCAGUUGCCAUGGCAACUCAUUUCUCACCUCUCAGUUCUCACAAAGCCCUCCAACCCACACCUCAAUAAACGAGCCAAGUUGGUUCGAUCCUGAACGAAACUGCAACUAAUCUUUCUUUCACGCCUUGACAUAUGGCCUAAUGACUCCCACCUUUACAUAAUUCAAACAAUAUAAAUGGGCUGUUGUGUAGGCUCGGAAUUGAUUGGAUUUCUGUGACGGGUUAGUGUUAUUGAUCAGUGUGCAAUUCUUGUGAUUUGGGCGGGACCACUCACGCAGACUUGCAUAUUUAUCUCGUAUUUCCUCAUAAUGGAUGAUGCGAGGAAGUUAAUCUGCGUCUAAAUAGCUGCUGUCUCAUUCUGCGAUGGCUUUUGGCCAAGUACAUCAUCAUGAGCCUUUUUACUUCAAAUAGGCUCUUUUUCCCUUUCAGUUAGUACUCGAGCCAGCACAACGGUAAAGGUCCAUUAUCAUGCAUUGGAGGAAACCCACUGUCAGAUAAUAUCCACACUACCCCAGGCCAAGCAGUCACCCAUGGCCAGUGUCAUCACCUCAGUGAGAUGAGACUUCUUAUCUGACCUGCAAUCGGGCCGAAGAAGCAUUUGUCUGUUGUUUUUGUUAUAGAGGAAAGUAGAUCUCAUAUGACAGAAAAGCAAUAUAAACGUUUUUUUUUUCUCCAAUAAAUGCUUAUGGUUGAGCCGGCCUUCCAUGAAGCGAGAGAAAAUGAAGCAGCGGUUAUGUUUAUUGAUGUUCAGGCUGAUAAAUAAAUGUUUUCAAUAGUAGCAUUCAAAAAGAGUUCUCCAGGUCCAUUAGUUCUAUAGAAUACGCGCAAGGCAGUUUCAGCGUCGUCCUUCCGCCCACUGCCGCCGCUGUCUGCAGUGCAUAUCUCCAUCCAACAUGUCAAAAGGUACACAGCCCGUGGCGAGACAAGUAUACAGAAAGGUUAUUUAUUUUUCAAUUUACCCAAGCGCUCCCUCAGUUAUACUUUAUUGGACUAAAGCUACAAAAAAAAAAAAAAAAAGAUCUGGUGCAUUUA